CACUUUUCUUGUUUGCUAGGGUACUGGUGGAUUGGUUGAAAGUCAAAUUUAUGGGAGACAAAAACUGGAGAAAAAACACGUUGCAUACGGAAGGUAGAAUUCAAACGCUGGCACUAUUUAAUUCUCCUGGCAUGCACGGGAGCAGAAGCAUUAAAGUUGGUGUCUGUAUAAAGGUGGCACAUGGUGCGCUGUCUGACUGUGAGCUCGAUACAGCUGAAAUGCAGGAAGACUUGCUUGGAACCAGUGGUCUCAUCCUUGUCCUUCCUCCUCGAGUGAGGAGUGAAGAUGUUGCAGAAGACGAUGCUUAUUGGCUUUCAGCUUUCCUGCAGUUGAAACAGUUGCUUCAGGCCAAACCUUUCCGUCCAUCAGUUCCCCUGGUGGUCCUUGUCCCUGGUCAGGAAGAGGAGGCCACAGAGAAAGAAGUAGAAGAAGGUUUAAUGCUGCAGGACUUGAUUUCAGCCCAGCUUAUUUCAGACUACACCAUUGUUGAGCUUCCAGGUUCUAUCAAUGACUUACAGGGCACGAGAAGGAUCUCCAAGGCUGUUGGCUGGCUGGUUUCCCAGUACCCUAGUUCCCUUGAGCUCUGCAGUCAGACCCUUCAGGAGUAUGUCGAGGAUGGGAUUGUGUGUGAAUUUGGCACGCGCUUCUACCGUGACUGGAAAGAGAGGCGCAAGCUGCCACUGUUAACGAGCACUUCCAUGGAUUAA